GAGAGGGGCGUGACUAAAGGAAAGAUGGCGGCGUUGACCAAAGGUUUCUCUGUCGUCAGAAGGCUGCUGUGUCCACAGUAUCGCCAGUGCUGUUUCCAGCUGCACAGUUUGGGGUUGGACAGAAGGAGACAGACGCAGCCAUACAGAUGUGGCAGAGACAUUCAAGUGUUCAGCAGCCACUUGAUACACACGGCUGUAGCCAGCCGCGGACCCAUCGUCCAGUUCAAACUCUCCGAUAUCGGGGAAGGAAUCAUGGAGGUGACUGUGAAAGAGUGGUAUGUAAAGGAAGGAGAUAAAGUUUCACAGUUUGACAGCAUCUGUGAGGUUCAGAGCGACAAGGCCUCAGUCACCAUCACCAGCCGCUACGACGGCAUCAUUCGAAAGCUCUACUACGACACGGACGCCAUCGCCUUAGUGGGCAAGCCGCUGGUCGACAUUGAGACAGAUUCCACUUCAGAGCUGAUCCAGGAGGAGGAUGUGGUGGAGACACCCGCCAUGGUGCGAGAAGAACACACCCACCAGGAGAUCAAAGGACACAAGACCCAGGCCACGCCCUCCGUCAGGCGCCUCGCCAUGGAGAACAAUAUCAAGCUGAGCGAGGUGGUUGGCACAGGGAGGGACGGGCGCAUCCUGAAAGAGGACAUUCUCAGCUUCCUGGCCAAGCAGACCGGAGCCAUCCUACCUCCAACUCCCACCCAGGAGGUCCAGUCUCCUUCUCCUCCUCCUUCUCCGCCUCCUCCUUCUGCGGCUGCUGCCAAGCCUGUGGCCAUGCCAGCAGCUGUCAAACCUCCACCUGCUGCACCAAGACCUGUGUUUACUGGAAAAGAUGUCACAGAACCCCUGAAAGGCUUCCACAAAGCCAUGGUGAAGGCCAUGAGCGCUGCGCUGAAGAUUCCUCACUUUGGUUACUGUGAUGAGGUUGACCUAAGCCGUCUCGUAGGGCUGAGGGCUGAACUUCGAGCUGUGGCUGAAAGUCGUGGGGUCAAACUUACCUACAUGCCCUUCUUCAUCAAGGCUGCCUCUCUUGGCCUUCUGCAUUUUCCAAUCCUCAACACCACAUUGGAUGAAAGCUGCCAGAAUAUCACUUACAAGGCCGCUCACAACAUUGGACUCGCCAUGGACACAAGCCAGGGUUUACUGGUUCCUAACGUGAAGAACGUGCAGCUGCUCAGCAUUUUUGAUAUUGCUCAGGAGUUGAACCGCCUGCAGUCGUUGGGUGCUGCCGGUCAGCUGGGUCCUGCUGACCUCACGGGUGGAACCUUCACCCUGUCCAACAUCGGAUCCAUCGGGGGGACUUAUGCCAAACCAGUGAUUCUUCCUCCUGAAGUAGCAAUUGGAGCUCUGGGGAAAGUCCAGGUUCUACCUCGGUUUGACGCCGGUGGUCAAGUGGUCCAAGCUCACAUCAUGAAAGUCAGCUGGUCAGCUGAUCACCGCAUCAUCGACGGUGCCACCAUGUGCCGCUUCUCCAACCUGUGGAAGGAGAACUUGGAGAACCCGGCCAACAUGCUGUUGGACCUGAAAUAACUGCUUGGAAAUAUUUCCCAUCAGCCCCUGAGAGAAGAGGUUGAUGUUUCUUUCUGCUCAACACCUUUGUGUUUUCUGACUGUUACUGACUUUAAGCAAGGCAACAGGAGUACAGCUGUCAAUCAUGUUGCUGUUUCCAUGACAGCCAUGAAACCUGUGUUUGAUUAAAAUGAAGCAGGAUUCAUUUCUGAAUUAAAGUUUCAACUGGGCACA